GUUUAUACAUGUUAAAGUGCGUGAAAGGACUCCAGUGGACUGCUGGGAAACACACUGAAGGAAAUGGCAGGAAGCACCUGAAACCUGUUGCCCUGAGCAGCACUAACGCGAAAGGUGAUUUUUAUUAUUAUUAUUAAUAUUAUUCACCUAUAUUAUACUCUUAAAAAAGGAUUUCAUUUUCGGACGUCAGAUUUAUUUUCCCUUUAUUCUUCUUGCUUUUUCGGCGUCUUUUUUGUUGUGAAUCCGCCGGAUUGCAUUCAUCGGAUGCAUUCACCUGCCAUGUGGAAUUUAAAGGAGAUAAGAAAGGAAACCGACGCUUAAAAUGUUACUUUCUUACAAAGUAUCUGCGGGAAAUGAACUUUCGACCUUAACACGGUUUACUCGGUGAAUGAUUGACCAUUCAGUCCACGGUUGCGCGUGCUUUUCCACGCCCGUGUUUCAGUGUCCGUGUGAGAAUCAUGGUCUGGUUGAAAUGCACUCACACAGUUGGAAGAAAGAGUGCUCGGGAUCUGGAAUGAAACUUCACUGUGAUUUACAACCUUGUGGACUGUGGACAUGCUGCUGGAGCAAUUAAGGUUUCCUUUUGGGAUUUCUUCUUUCCGAAACGCAGCAAUAAAUUAAAAAAGGAAGGAAGGGGGGAAAAACCUGAGCUGAGAAAAUACUCAAGAAUUGAAAUUCAUAGUUUUCCAGUAUGAGAGAACCUGCAGAUAAGCAUCAUUUCACCAUGGAGACCUCUGGGAUGCACCUAGUCGGAUUUUGGCUUCACGUUCUGCUGCUGUUGCAACAGUCUCGGCUCGGCAAUGCUGCCUCUAAGGAUAUAGUGUGUGAGCCCAUCACCGUACCGAUGUGCAAAGGGAUCGGAUACAAUCACACCUACAUGCCCAACCAGUUCAAUCAUGACACCCAGGAUGAAGUCGGCUUGGAAGUGCACCAGUUUUGGCCGCUUGUCCGGAUCCGUUGCUCCCCGGACUUGCUUUUCUUUCUGUGCAGUAUGUACACCCCCAUCUGUCUUCAGGACUACAAAAAACCCCUGCCGCCUUGCAGGUCUGUGUGCGAGAGAGCUAAACGGGGUUGCUCCCCUCUCAUGAUCCAGUAUGGGUUUGAGUGGCCAGAGCGGAUGAGCUGCGAGCAGCUGCCCAUGCUGGGUGACACCGAUCGGCUUUGUAUGGACAGGAACAGCAGUGAGACUACGACUCUAUCACCUCCUUUCCCCAAACCCACUCCCAAGGGAACACCACGACAUAGAGCCACUGCAAAAUCCGCUCCGCCGCAGAAGUGUGACCGUGAUUGCCGUUGUCGCGACCCCCUGGUGCCCAUCAAAAAAGAAGUUCAUCCUCUCCAUAACCGUGUGUAUACUGGCUCUUUACCCAACUGUGCUUUGCCCUGCCACCAACCUUACUUUUCCCCUGACGAGCGUACCUUCACAACCUUCUGGAUCGGACUGUGGUCGGUGCUGUGCUUUGUCUCGACUUUCACCACCGUGGCCACUUUCCUCAUUGACAUGGAGCGUUUCAAAUACCCAGAGCGGCCGAUUAUCUUCCUUGCUGCUUGUUAUCUGUUCGUGUCGCUGGGGUACAUCGUGCGACUUCUCGCGGGCCAUGAGCGAGUAGCUUGCGAGGGCUCUGGCGACCAACAGCACAUCCUCUAUGACACCACGGGUCCGGCCCUUUGCACGCUGGUUUUCCUGCUCAUAUACUUCUUUGGAAUGGCCAGCUCCAUCUGGUGGGUGGUGCUUUCCUUCACCUGGUUCCUGGCGGCAGGGAUGAAAUGGGGGAACGAGGCCAUCGCGGGAUACUCUCAGUACUUCCACCUUGCUGCUUGGCUCGUUCCUAGCGUCAAGUCCAUCGCUGUCUUAGCUUUGAGUUCGGUGGAUGGGGACCCUGUGGCUGGGAUCUGUUACGUCGGCAACCAGAGCUUGGAGAGCCUCCGUGGCUUCGUAUUGGCGCCUCUGGUCGUCUACCUCUUCACCGGCUCCCUCUUCCUGCUUGCUGGCUUUGUUUCCCUCUUCCGGAUCCGUAGUGUCAUUAAACAGGGCGGCACCAAGACAGACAAGCUAGAGAAGUUAAUGAUCCGGAUUGGGCUCUUCACCGUCCUGUACACGGUGCCCGCAACUAUUGUGGUAGCAUGCUUGGUGUACGAGCAACAUUACAGGCCAGGUUGGGAGCGGGCACUGGCCUGUUCUUGCCCGUCAGAGCGCCAGCGGCUCGGCAUGGGCCCGGAUUAUGCCGUCUUCAUGUUGAAGUACUUCAUGUGUCUUGUAGUAGGCAUUACCUCAGGAGUUUGGAUCUGGUCAGGGAAGACUCUGGAGUCUUGGAGGCGCUUUGUGGCACGGUACAUGCCCUGUAGGACCCGGAAGCCACCUGUAUCAGGGUCGUCCAUGUACAGCGAGGCCAGUACCGCUCUCACAGCCCGAGCUGGAACGGCACCCACUGGGACCUAUCACAAAUCAGCACCCUCAUCACAUGUCUGAACAU